UACAAAUGGAGAGAAGUCGAGCCCCGAGGAGUCGGACAGAAGUCAGGGGAGGGAGGAGAGGGAGUGACUAGUGAGGAAGAAGAAGAAACGAAUUCUAGGGUUUCUUGGGUCGAUUCCCCUGGAAAUUACCUGUGGUUUUUCACUGGGAAAUUCUUCCGCAACGUUUUGCCUAUCUUUUCGCCGAGUUUUCCGGCGAAACGGUUCCGUGUUUCACCGGCGGUGAUAGGGUCAUCAAUGGCGGCGGCGUGACCCUUCCUUGUCUACGGAGCUUCUCGUUUCUUCGCGAAAGGUUUCAAGAGAUAAAUAUCGGCUCCGCUCUUCCCCAACGAUGGCGGAUUCAUAGAUCUUUCCCAGUUCUCUGAGGACGAAACCGAACAAGAUGGCGGUCACUUUCCCUCGUCUUCCGAGGUGGUUGUGCGGUGGUGGUAGCAGCAAGGGCAGAGAGAAAGAGCCAAUCUCUGAAGGGUCUUCCCAACAUCCAUCGUCGGCGCCUGUGAAAUGCCCUCCUAAGGAGACUAAGGCUUCAGCGAAGAAGGUGAGAAAAGGGUGGCUUGGGAGAGAGGAGGAAAAGAUUGGGAAUGCAGUGUUCCCUGAACCGGACGAACCAGAGUGGUCAAUAGGGUGGGUAGAGCCACAUGGGCCGGGUUUCAAAGCCACCGACGAUGAGGAAGACGAUGGAGACAGUGGGUUCGUGGUGUUGGUUCCGUGCUACAAGAAAGCGAUGAAUGGUUCAGACAACCAGAUUCUGGGUGUUACCAAUGAUCUCCCAAAUGUGUUCUCUCCUGAUGGGAAGAACAUGGAGAAGUGGCUGUCGUCCAUGCGGAAGCUGUUGUGAUGGAUGGAUGGUCCUUCAGACACAACUGGACUUUCCCCCUUUCUGUUGUUUGCUUGUUCUUGUGCGUGAAUGGCGAAUGCUGACAUCACAAGAAGCUCCUCGUUGAUUGAUUCCACCGUUUUCAGAAAUGUGAAGAUGAUCAUAGGUUGUCAAAUUUGCCAUGGUGGGUUUUUGCAGAGCGGAAAGUGAAGAAAAUUGGGUUUUUCCCAGUUUCAAAAAACAAAGUGUUCUUUCUGUUCUGUGGAUGUGUACAGAAAGCUUACCUGUGUUUCAGCGAUUCAGAUCCCAGGUUGCAUGCUCUUCUAUAAUACUACGUGUUCCUUUC